UUUGUGACGUUUCCACCGCUGCACCUAUGGUAAGAGCAGUAGUUUGGAAGCCUGUUUUCUUUCGGACUGCAGUGCGAAAGUGGGACGAAGUCAGCAAAAGUUAAACAUUUCUAGACUUUUGGAGCCGAGUGCCCCCUCAGUGGGAGUCCUGCCUGAUGGCAUCCGCCACACAGACGUAUCCAGGCGCCCAGGCGGAGGGAGCUGAGCGCGCGGAGAGCCUGUCGAACCAUGCCAGCACAGAGAGGUUGAGCGCUUCUGCUGUCAAUCGAAUAUUAAUGGAGUUUAUGAUUUACAUAGGGCGAGCCUUGUUCGUUAUCUACCCCGUAUAUCUGACGGGGUACCUUGGCCUCAGUAUCAGCUGGGUGCUGCUGUGUACGUUUAUGAUCACAUGGUGGAAGAAAAACCGCCAGCGGAAAGUCGCCCGGAUCGGAUCGUCCAUUGAUUUUCUGGACAACGAGACGGAUGUUAUCCACACAGAGCUGAAAAGUGCCCUGCAAAUGGCUACAUGGGUGCAGUUUUCUAACGUUGAGAAAGCUCAGUGGGUCAACAAGGUGCUUGAACAAGCCUGGCCUUUCUUUUCGAUGUACAUGGAGAAGCUACUGAGGGAAUACAUCCAGCCAACCAUCAGGCUUUCCAAUACUGCCCUCAAAACGUUCACUUUUACCAAGAUCCACUUUGGACACAGACCUCUCCAGAUCACUGGAGUCAGAGCGUACACGCAUGAAGUGGAUCAGAGGGAGGUGAUUCUGGACUUGAAUAUAAAUUAUGACAGUGAUGUGGACAUCGACACUGAAGUGAAGCCGGCAAUCAUAGCUGGUGUGAAAGGACUUAAAUUUCAGGGAAUGCUGAGGGUCAUUUUAGAGCCUCUUAUUGGUCAAUCACCGCUGGUUGGAGGAGUCACCUUUUUUUUCAUUCGUCGCCCUACCUUACAGAUCAACUGGACUGGUAUGACCAACCUUCUGGACAGCCCUGGCUUUAGUUCACUCUCUGAGAACGCCAUCAUGGACAUCAUUGCCUCUUUCAUGGUGUUGCCAAACCGCAUGUGUAUUCCCCUCAUAGACCAGGUCAAAGUGGAUCAGAUGAGGUUUCCACUUCCUCGUGGGGUGGUGAGGGUCCACCUGCUGGAGGCCAAAAACCUCAUGGCCAUGGAUACAUACCUAAUGGGCUUAAAGAAAGGCAAAUCCGACCCGUACGCGACACUCCGAGUCGGCAAUCGACAUUUCAAAAGCAAAACUAUAAAAAAUACUUUGGACCCAAAAUGGAACCAAGUUUAUCAGUUUGUUGCGCAUGAAGCUCCAGGGCAAGAGCUGGAGAUGGAGCUGUAUGAUGAGGACACAGAUAAAGAUGACUUCCUUGGAUGCUAUAAUCUUGAUUUAGGAGAAGUGAAGAGGGAGAAAGAAAUAGAUAAGUGGUUUACUCUGGACGGGGUUGAACACGGUGAAGUUCAUCUCAGGCUCCAGUGGCUUUCCCUUCAGGCUGACUCCAGCCUGCUGAGUGAGACUGACGACAGGUUUGCUUGUGCCAUGCUUGCAGUGUAUUUGGACAAUGCUUCAGACCUACCAAAAGACCACAGUGAGUUCACAGCGAAUCAAAAACAUAAGAAGCAGCCAAAGGAGUCACGGCUCACAAAGAAAAAUCCAGGUCCCAGCUCCUUUGUGGAACUUUCCAUUGAUCAGGAAGUUCAGAAAAGCAAGGUUGUGUAUACAAAUAAAGACCCAGCUUGGGAGCAGGGCUUCACCUUCUUUGUACAGAAUGUCAAAACACAGCAGCUCGUUGUUCAGGUCAAAGAGCAAAACAAGUCAACUCUGCUCGGUGAACUCAGCUUGCCUCUCAGUCGCCUCCUCAACACCUCCAACAUGAUGCUAGACCAGCGCUUCAUGCUGGAGCGCUCUGGAGCAAACAGCCAAAUCACAUUGAAGGCCACUCUCAGGGUUCUUUCUGUGGAAAAACCGCCACCCAAACCCACCCCCUCUUCUCCCCCUCCAGUCCAACAACAGCCUGUGUCAACUCCCUCCUCAGCUUCAGUUUCCUCCAACAGCAUCCCUGCCGCCUCCUCUCCAAUCCAACCUUCCAACUUACUGAACAGCUCAGGUGACAAUUAUUCAGCCCACCGCCGUGGCUCCUUCCUGGAUACGGACACCUUGAGGUCACCGUCCAUGGCAGCCAUGCGCCGGUAUGACUCUCACAGCCUGCUGUCGGAGAACUCCAUCGCAUCAUCCCGUUUGGACAUCUCAGACGGAGCCUCCUACCCAGAGGCUAUUAGAAACCAUCAGGGCUCAUUUGGAGAGAUCCACCUGAAUAUAAAAUAUGCUUCUCUAAGGAACAAGCUCAUCAUCAUGGUUAACUCCUGCAGGAACUUGUUCCCCUGCAGUGAGAAUGGCACAGACUCCUACGUCCGCCUGUAUCUACUCCCUGACCAGUCCUGGCGACACCGCAAGAAAACCCGUGUUAAGAAGAGGACGAUCAAUCCCUACUUCAAUGACAAGUUUGAGUUUGAUGUGUCACUUGAGGAGGCAAAGACCAGGAAGCUGGACGUGGCAGUUAAAAAUAACAAGAUGUUUCACACGAGAGAGAGAAAGGACAUCGGCAUGGUGAUAUUGGAGCUCUCACAGCUGGAUAUAAAUAAAGGCGUCACAGACUGGUUUGAGCUCACGCUACCUGGACUGAAGAAUCCCAACUAGCACCUGCAUCUGCAAGCCAAAGAGCAGAUGUGACGUUCAGAGUUGCACAUCCUCCUCAGACUAGAUUUGGCUUUCCAACAAGUAGAAAACUGGACAUAACAAAACAUAUUAUUUUGACCAAAAGCACAUCCAGUAAUAUUCUAGACCACAGCCUCUUCCUCUGACUCUGAUACAGUAUUCAGGUUCAUCUUGUCCCUGAUGCAGAUAAUAUCUGCAGAAGUACUUGUAUCAGGUUAUGGUUCAUAUUUGCAUUGACAGACCAAAAUAAGUGAUCUUUCUGAUGAUCAAGUGAUCAAGGCUGUUUCUUUUUAAUUUGCAUAGAAAUUAAAAUGUUUAAUCCCAAGCAGCACAACGCAGCAUCGUCAUCUGUAUUUUUAUGUAUAUACAGUAGUUUUAAUAUUUUAUGAAACAGGUUAAAGGGAAAUGUAAAAAAAGAAAACAAUGUCUUUGUUGCAGCAACCCAGAGAAACGGUUGCAUGGCUAUGAACGGUUGUGCAUGAAACACCCAUGUUCACAUGUCACAGCGGUGAGCUCAGUCUAAGUAAAAACCACCUGAGAAAAACUGGGACUUGGGACACUAUCUUUGCAGGUAGGGAGCGGGACCUUUUAGACCUAACUUAAGAGAUUUUUUUUUUUUCCUUUCUUAAACUUCUCACAUCUGAAAAGGUUUUCUUACACCUUAAUGUGCUUUUAUUAUUCUCGUUUUAUUAUGCUUUUUUACAUUGGGGGUAUGUAAGUAUACAUUCAUGGAGGAAUUUCUUGGUUAGCUACUACAUUAAAUACAUCAGUAACCACAAUAUUUUUUGCGUGGCUUAUAUUUACGUUGCAGUUGGCCUAUGCAAGAUAUAUGUGCCAAAUAUUGUUUUUUAAAAGGUUGUUAUUGUUUCUGAUGUACAUGAGAUAAAAUUGUGUUUAUCAAUCUGCAAUUUCUGAGUUUAUGCUCAAUGAAAUUUGUUUUAAGAUAAUAUUUAUUGGAAAUAAACAUGUUCAGAGAAAUAAAUUGUGGU